AACGCAACCACAUCCUGUUGGCCUGCUAGCGCCUAGUCAACAAGGCGUCAUGCGACCCACUGGAAUGCAGACUCUCACGCUGUUUUAGCCUCCUUUUCUUUUAGUUCUGUGAGUUUGUGGGUAGAGGCGAUCUGAGCGCUAUCUAAAUGAACGUAAAAAGCAAACCUUUUACUCAUUUGCCCAAUUGUUAUGUACCAAGGGCUGCAGUACAACACAACUUCAGCAUCCAGAAGCCAAAAAGGGAGCGUGUCCCCCUUUUAUUUUCUGUCUCCCUCAUUUCUCUUGCUCUAUCGCCUUUAUGUGUUAGUCGAGGGAGUGAUGGGCCUGAGGAAGGGAAUGAUUCGUCGACGAGUGCCUCAAACAGCACGGAGUCGCGUUCUCCAUACAAAACGCAGCAUAGAAAGAAAAUAGACGUGUUCGGACCCCGGGAAGAUUUAUUGAACUAUCCGUGUGUUGUGUAUGUAUAUGUAUAUGUGUCUGCGUGGGUGUCCGUGUGUGUGUGCAUCGGGUGGCCCAUGCUUGAUAGACUAUUGCGAAUUGCUCCUUGUCCUCUGUCGCUGUCCUUCAUCCGCUACCACCCACUUCCUCUCACGUUUUCCAUUUCAUCUUUCCAUCGUUCGCGCUGGUACAACAGACUGUCAUUAUGUUGUCGUUAAUUUGUGAAUGUAUAUGUGCGUCUGUGUGUAUGUAAGUGUGUAUGUGUGCGCGCGCUUUGUGAACUAUAUCUCUCAGACGUUCGGCUGUGCGCUGGUAUUGUUGUUGCUCUCUGGUGCUGACUCUGCCUCAUGCAUCAGCGAACUCUCCUUGACGGGCGGUGAUCCGUGGUUGUGGAGCUGGUUCACUGUCGCUGGAGUAGAAUGGGGGAUAUUCUCCGGUUGAGGGUGCUGUGAUCCCACGGGUGCAGUUGUCUUUCCAGCCUUGGACAACGCGUAGUCCCCAGAAUCAAAAUAUUUGCGCUCCUAUACAUAUUUGUACAAUCAGGACAAACAUGGGGCAAUUGAAAAAAAUGGCUGGGUUAAAAAUAAAGCCUG